AUGCUUAGGAGCACACUUGGUCUGGUUAGACCUUUCUCUAUGGGCAGGUCGCUUCUGAACUCAAAACCGCCCUUGUCGUUUGCAUCAAUAGCGAAAGCGGUGGAUCCUGCCACGAAUCCGAUGACGAAUCCAAUGUCAAAUGUCAUAUCGCCCCAAGACGGCAACAAAGAGAUCAGUUCCCGAAUUUCCAAGAAACGUGGUGAACACACCGUCAAAUACGUACUGAAUUGUCUGUUUGGCAAGAACAACACUCAUUUUACGUAUUCUGCGGUGGUAGAGGACUUGAACUUCUUAAAAAACAACUCAGAGGCAACCUACAAUGAGAAAUUCCUAUACUACUUGAAGCUGCCCCAAAAGGUGAAAUUCAGCCUUUCAACGGGUAAUUUGGGAUUCCGCAAAGCUGCUCGUGGUGAAUAUGAAGCUACUUUCCAGACCAGUGCGCGUCUAUUUCAAAUGAUGCAACAGAAAAAGCUGCUGGACCGCAACGUUGAGAUUGUCAUAAAGGACUUUGGGAAGGGCCGAGAAGCGUUCAUUGCUGCCCUCAACGGUAAGGAAGGCACUGCUGUGCGCAGGAACGUUGUGCGUGUAUCUGAUGCCACUCCUAUCAAAUUCGGUGGUGUGAGAUCGCCAAAAAUGAGACGUUUGUGA